CCGCCGCAUCCGAUCGACUAACUCUGCAAUCUGCAUGUUUCAGAAGCCCAACGGCGGCCCACGGCACCAAAAUGGCGCCAAUUUUGAAGAAGGGGCUUUGCUGCCUCAGCCUGCGGACGUGCGCGCUCAUUCUCGGCGUAAUAACCUUGGUGCAGAACCUCAUCUCGCUCUCCAUGUUCGUGGUGAGCCUGGAGCACUGGCUGAGCGAGGACGACUACCACCACUUCAAUCACACGGGCCUCGCGCUGGACCACGAGCACCCGGACAACGCGCCGCUGGGUCUGCCGCCAGGGCUACCGCCGGGGAUCCACGAUCUGCUGGCCAACGCCAGCCUGGGCUUGGCUCACCCCGGCCUUGGCGGCGACAAGGACGUGGACGUGCACAUGUUCGCCCACCCGGACGAGGACUACUACGACGGCUUCGGUGACUCUGAGGCCGCGGAGACGCUGCUGGACAGAAAUCCUCACCGUGAGUUUAUUUUGGAAUACAGGUCGGCCCGCAGACUCGUGCUUUAAAUUUUUGUAGCAAUGCUGUACCGCAUGCGCGUGUGUGUGCGGGUUGCCAUCCCGCUAGGCGCGAUAGGCGUCGGCGUCAUGGCUAGUGGCAGUAGUACAGCACGCCGUCCACCGGCUCGCGACCGGACGGGAAGGUCAUGGCAGUGACA